GCGGCGGAUCCGGGAUCCGAACCCGUGACCUCUGACUCCCAAGCCCCGGCUCUUGCCACCGAGUCCCGCCGCUUCUGCUUCCCGGUCCCCCCAGCGUCGCCGCCAGCACCAGUCCGGUACUACGGAGAAGCGGCGUGGCCUCAGGCGCGGACCAUGGGGAGCAGCAAGAGCAAGCCCAGAGAGCCGGCCCAGCGGCGCCGCAGCAGCCUGGAGGUGCCCGACGGGGCCCACCCCGCCCCCGCCGCCGCCGCCGCCCCCGGGCAGCCCGCCGGCCACGACCCCCAGCGCGCCCCCAACCCGGCCUUCGGCGCCGGCGCGCCCGAGUCCAAGCUCUUCGGCGGCUUCGACGCCUCGGACGCGGUCGCGUCCCCGCAGCGGGCCGGGCCGCUGGCAGGGGGAGUGACCACCUUCGUGGCCCUGUACGACUACGAGUCCCGGACGGAGACGGACCUGUCCUUCCGCAAAGGGGAGCGGCUGCAGAUCGUCAACAGCACGAGGAAAGUGGACGUCAGCAACACCUGGUUCAAAUUCAGAUGGCUCCAAAGGGAGGGAGACUGGUGGCUGGCCCACUCGCUCACCAGCGGGGAGACGGGCUACAUCCCCAGCAACUACGUGGCCCCGUCCGACUCCAUCCAGGCCGAGGAGUGGUUCUUCGGCAAGAUAACGAGGCGAGAGUCCGAGCGUCUUCUGCUCAAUCCCAGCAACCCCCGGGGCACCUUCCUGGUGCGGGAGAGCGAGACCACCAAAGGUGCCUUCUGCCUUUCCGUCUCCGACUUCGACAACGCCAAGGGGCUGAACGUGAAGCACUACAAGAUCCGCAAGCUGGACAGCGGCGGCUUCUACAUCACCUCGCGCACGCAGUUCAGUAGCCUGCAGCAGCUCGUCGGCUACUACUCCAAGCACGCGGACGGCCUGUGCUACCGGCUCGCCGGCGUCUGCCCGACGGCCAAGCCGCAGACCCAGGGCCUGGCCAAGGACGCCUGGGAGAUUCCCCGCGAGUCCCUGCGCCUCGAGGUCAAGCUGGGCCAGGGCUGCUUCGGGGAGGUGUGGAUGGGGACGUGGAACGGGACCACGCGCGUGGCCAUCAAGACGCUGAAGCCCGGCACCAUGUCGCCGGAGGCCUUCCUGCAAGAGGCGCAGGUGAUGAAGAAACUGAGGCACGAGAAGCUGGUGCAGCUGUACGCCGUGGUGUCCGAGGAGCCCAUCUACAUCGUCACCGAGUACAUGAACAAGGGCAGCCUGCUGGACUUCCUCAAGGGGGACAUGGGCAAGUACCUGCGGUUGCCCCAGCUGGUGGACAUGGCGGCUCAGAUCUCGUCCGGCAUGGCCUACGUGGAGCGGAUGAACUACGUCCACCGCGACCUGCGGGCCGCCAACAUCCUGGUCGGCGAGAACCUCGUGUGCAAGGUGGCCGACUUCGGGCUGGCGCGGCUCAUCGAGGAUAACGAGUACACGGCCCGGCAAGGGGCCAAGUUCCCGAUCAAGUGGACGGCGCCGGAGGCGGCCCUGUACGGCCGCUUCACCAUCAAGUCGGACGUGUGGUCCUUCGGCAUCCUGCUGACCGAGCUGACCACCAAGGGCAGAGUCCCUUACCCGGGGAUGGUCAACCGGGAGGUGCUGGACCAGGUGGAGAGAGGGUACCGCAUGCCCUGCCCGCCCGAGUGCCCGGAGUCGCUGCACGAGCUCAUGGGGCAGUGCUGGCGGCCGGACCCCGAGGAGCGGCCCACCUUCGAGUACCUGCAGUCCUUCCUGGAGGACUACUUCACCGCCACCGAGCCCCAGUACCAGCCCGGCGAGAACCUAUAGCCCCCCGCCCCGCGCCGGACCCCCGCCGCCCCGUCUCGGGGGCACCGGGGGUGAGAUUCGGGGAGCGGCCCCCUCCCCGCGCCGGGCCGCCCCGUCUCGGGGCGCGGGGGCGGCGAGAGGCGGUGA